GCCGGGCAGGGGCGGGCGCAACCCGCGGAGCCCGUGCUGCUGGCGCCGCCGAAGGACCCCGCGCCGCCGCGACCCCGGCUCGGGGCGCCGAGGGGGCGCACAGCCCGCAGGGAGCCAGCCAAACGCGGCGGCCAGCGCUCGGUUCCCAGGGCGAAUCCGCCUCUCGGCUUUCAAAGAUGGCAUUUCCUGGGCCUGGCACGAAACUCCAGCGCCAAUAAAUCCUCCCCGUUCCGCAGCCGAUAUGGAAUGAUUUAUCAGGUUAUUCAACGAUAGUUAUGACCUCCCGGUUACGUGCGUUGGGUGGAAGAAUUAAUAACAUACGCACCUCAGAGUUACCCAAAGAGAAAACUCGAUCCGAAGUCAUCUGCAGCAUCCGUUUUUUAGAUGGCUUGGUACAGACGUUUAAAGUUACUAAACAAGACACUGGUCAGGUUCUUCUGGAUAUGGUGUACAACCACCUGGGUGUGACUGAGAAGGAAUAUUUUGGUUUACAGCAUGAUGAUGACUCCGUGGACUCUCCUAGAUGGCUGGAAUCAAGCAAACCCAUCAGGAAGCAGUUAAAAGGAGGUUUCCCCUGUACCCUGCAUUUUCGAGUAAGAUUUUUUAUACCUGAUCCCAACACACUGCAGCAAGAACAAACCAGGCACUUGUAUUUCCUACAAUUGAAGAUGGAUAUUUGUGAAGGAAGGUUAACCUGCCCUCUUAACUCAGCAGUGGUUCUAGCAUCCUAUGCCGUACAAUCUCAUUUUGGAGACUAUAAUUCUUCCAUACAUCGUCCAGGCUAUCUUUCUGACAGUCACUUUAUACCGGAUCAGAAUGAUGACUUUUUAACAAAAGUUGAAUCUCUGCAUGAGCAGCACAGUGGGCUAAAGCAAUCAGAAGCAGAAUCCUGCUAUAUCAACAUAGCGCGGACCCUCGACUUCUAUGGAGUAGAACUGCAUGGUGGUAGGGAUCUGCACAAUUUAGACCUGAUGAUUGGAAUCGCUUCCGCGGGCAUUGCUGUGUACCGAAAAUACAUUUGCACAAGUUUCUAUCCUUGGGUGAACAUUCUCAAAAUUUCUUUCAAAAGGAAAAAGUUCUUUAUACAUCAGCGACAGAAACAGGCUGAAUCCAGGGAACAUAUCGUGGCCUUCAACAUGCUGAAUUACCGAUCUUGCAAAAACUUGUGGAAAUCCUGUGUUGAGCACCAUACAUUCUUUCAGGCAAAGAAGCUACUACCUCAGGAAAAGAAUGUUCUGUCUCAGUACUGGACUAUGGGCUCUAGGAACACCAAAAAGUCGGUAAAUAACCAAUAUUGCAAAAAGGUGAUUGGCGGGAUGGUGUGGAACCCAGCCAUGCGGAGAUCCUUAUCAGUGGAGCACUUAGAAACCAAGAGUCUGCCUUCUCGUUCCCCUCCCAUUACUCCCAACUGGCGAAGUCCUCGGCUCCGGCACGAAAUCCGAAAGCCACGCCACUCUUCUGCAGAUAACCUUGCAAAUGAAAUGACCUACAUCACGGAAACGGAAGAUGUAUUUUACACAUACAAGGGCUCUCUGGCUCCGCAAGACAGCGAUUCUGAAGUUUCUCAGAACCGAAGCCCGCACCAAGAGAGUUUAUCCGAGAACAAUCCAGCACAAAGCUACCUGACCCAGAAGUCAUCCAGUUCUGUGUCUCCGUCUUCAAAUGCUCCAGGCUCCUGCUCACCUGACGGCGUCGAUCAGCAGUUCUUAGAUGACUUCCACAGGGUGACCAAAGGGGGCUCCACCGAGGACGCCAGCCAGUACUACUGUGACAAGAAUGAUAAUGGUGACGGCUACUUAGUCUUGAUCCGUAUCACACCAGAUGAAGAUGGAAAAUUUGGAUUUAAUCUGAAGGGAGGAGUGGAUCAAAAGAUGCCUCUUGUGGUAUCAAGGAUAAACCCAGAAUCACCUGCGGACACCUGCAUUCCUAAGCUGAAUGAAGGGGAUCAAAUCGUGUUAAUCAAUGGCCGGGACAUCUCAGAACACACCCAUGACCAAGUGGUGAUGUUCAUCAAAGCCAGCCGGGAGUCCCACUCACGGGAACUGGCCCUGGUGAUCAGGAGGAGAGCUGUCCGCUCAUUUGCUGACUUCAAGUCUGAAGAUGAACUGAACCACCUUUUCCCUGAGCCCAUUUUCCCCAUGUGUCCGGAGGGUGGGGACACUUUGGAGGGGUCCAUGGCACAGCUAAAGAAGGGCCUCGAAACCGGGACAGUGCUGAUCCAGUUUGAGCAACUCUAUAGAAAAAAGCCAGGUUUGGCCAUCACGUUUGCAAAGCUGCCUCAAAAUUUGGACAAAAACCGAUAUAAAGAUGUGCUGCCUUAUGACACCACCCGGGUAUUAUUGCAGGGAAAUGAAGAUUAUAUCAAUGCAAGUUACGUGAAUAUGGAAAUUCCUGCUGCUAACCUUGUGAACAGGUACGUCGCCGCUCAGGGGCCUCUGCCGCAUACCUGUGCGCAGUUUUGGCAGGUUGUCUGGGAUCAGAAGCUGUCACUCAUCGUUAUGUUGACAACUCUCACAGAGCGAGGGCGGACCAAAUGUCACCAGUACUGGCCGGAUCCCCCUGACGUCAUGGACCAUGGCAGCUUUCACAUCCAGUGUCAGUCAGAGGACUGCACCAUUGCCUAUGUGUCUCGAGAAAUGCUGGUCACAAACACCCAGACCGGCGAAGAGCACACAGUGACACAUCUCCAGUACGUCGCGUGGCCUGACCACGGUGUGCCCGAUGACUCCUCCGACUUUCUGGAAUUUGUAAACUAUGUGAGGUCCCUGAGAGUGGACAAUGAGCCCGUCUUGGUUCACUGCAGUGCUGGAAUAGGUCGAACCGGUGUGUUGGUCACUAUGGAAACAGCCAUGUGCCUAACUGAGAGGAACCUGCCCGUUUACCCCCUGGAUAUCGUCCGAAAAAUGCGAGACCAGCGCGCCAUGAUGGUGCAGACAUCAAGCCAAUACAAGUUUGUGUGUGAAGCGAUUCUUCGUGUGUAUGAAGAAGGCUUAGUCCAGAUGCUGGAUCCUAGUUAAGACAACUGUGAAAACGUCCAUUCCUCUUUCCCAAGGCCAUCGUCCUUGAGAGAGGAGGACAGACCUCCUCUCCGGAAGCAGCAAGAGGAACCAGUAGCUGUGGGAAAGGAAUGGGCACCUCUGAAGCCAGGCACUUUAAAUUUCUGUAGAAAAGACAUUGUGUACAUAGGAACUGGUGUAGAUAAGCAUGUAUUUAUGGCAUCAUUUAGGGCUGUGUUUCUAUGGAAAGAUACAAAAGGGAUCUCAGUGUGGGCCCUGUCCUAAUGUCUUCUUCCCCAACAUCACCACACACACCCCUGUUGACAUCCUGGAGCAAUUGAGACGGGACACCACAGAGCUGUUGACCUCCCAGCAACAAGAUGGUGUAGUUAUCUUGGGUCGUUUCGAUGUUUUGUUUCUGUGUGUCAGACUGUAAGGGCUGAGUUUUCUGUGCCUCUAGGUGGAGCUGGAACAACUCAGGUUCACCUGCACUGAUGCUAAGGAAACCCUGACGAAUGUACUAAAUGGCAGGGUGCUGGGGGUCAGGCUGAAGGCUGAGCGGCACCUCUCUGCCCUCUCUCCCUUUGUCCCAUCUCCCGGCAACUUCUGAUACUCAUGUUUCUGAGAAUAGUAUCCCCCUUGAGGUUUCCUCUUGGUGCCUGACCUGGAUUCAUAAUGUGCAUUCAGGUGAGUUUUCAGCUGAGGCUCUAAGAACUGGGACCCUCAGUGUGUUCUGGUCAUCUCGUGGCUUAGUUGUAGAAGCAGGUGUGUCUCUUGUCUCUGCUUGCCUCCUACUGCACACUCAGUACCCAGGACUGGAAUCACUGACUACUGAAUCUCCUACAUGUAUUGCUGCUACUUCAAGUUCCUACACUUGAAACUAUGAUUUUUCCAAGGGGAGAUGGGACAGUGUCAUCUAAAUAUUCCGAAUGUUUGGGCUUCGAGAAAAGAGCUUCUAGUAAUUGAACCAUGGGAAACCGAGCUUCUGGAGGGUUGGCCGUGGGGGGUGUGUACAUGUGUGUGCCCAGGGGUGAGUGUUUCUCAGGAUUUCUAACGAUUCAAAUUACCGUUGAGUAUACAUAAAGAAUGAGUCUCUGUAUAGAAGAACAAAUGUGUGCAUUCACCCCCAGUUACAAUGGUCUCCAUUGCAUUUCAAAAGAGAGGAUCAGACUAUCUGAAUAUAAAUACAAUCUGAUGUUAAUUUAUUCUAAGACCAUCACUUUGAUCGUCCUAAAGAAUUCUGCCUUUGUGAAUACUGUGUUAAAUUUUUUUAAAUUUGUGACAGGAUUGUAGCAAAUUAUUAUUUAAGGAAAAUAAAUGGCAUAAACAUUUAAUGUGGUAUUUUUAAACAGUGGUUUUUAUGUACUCAGAAGAGAGAGUUAAGCCAGGUUCUUAAUGGUAUUUAUGGAAAAGAUGUUUCCCUGUUAUCAUGCACAGAAAUGAAGCCAUUUUGAUAUUCAGCAAAUUCGGUGCCAAUUGAAUAGUUUGCUGGUUGCAAGAUGGAUAAAGACCUAUCUAAGGGGGUGGGAGGACCCUAAAGGUUCUUUAUUUCCAGAGCUAGUGUACUUACUUGCAUGCUUUCUGACUUUUCUACAUGGAUAUUUUACUGCCAAGUGGCAGAGGUGGGAGGGAGAUGUCACACCGUACCAUAACCCCAUACUGCAAAACAAGAAACCACCAGAAAGUUUGCAGCUGAGGGGCAGGAGAUUCAGUUCCUGUUCCCACUCAGCACUAACUACUUGGGGCCUGCUCACAUAGAAGCUCCACCUCUCUUUCAUUAUCUGUAAAAUAAAAACAAUACGUAGGACUUCAGACUGAACAUGAGGAUUGAAUAAGAUCAUACUAUUCAUGUCACUUCAUCAGCUGGAAUAUCAACAGCCACUGCUGUGGAUGAGUUACUUAGAAAAGUUUAGUUGUCAGUGAUUAGCCCAAAAACACAACUUUCAAAAGUAGAAUCCACUGGAUUUUUGUUUCUUUUUCUAGAGACAGGGUCUCUCUGUCGCCCAAGCUGGAGUACAGUGACAUGAUCAUAGUUCACUGCAGCCUCAAAUUCCUGGGCUUACGCAAUCCUCGCACCUCAGCCUCCAGAGUAGCUGGGCCUGCAGGUGCGUGUCACCUCACCUGGCUUAUUUUUUAUUUUUAUUCUUUUGUAGAGAUAGGAUCUUGAUGUGUUGCUUGGGCUGGUCUCCCAUUCCUGGCCUCAAGUGAUCUUCCCACCUCAGCCUCCCAGAGUGUUGAGAUUAUAUAUAGGCCUGAGCCACUGCACCCAGCCUAACUGGGUUUUUAUGAGAGGAAAAUGGAAAAUGUUCUAGAAGAGAGAGAACAAGAGCACAAAAUAAUCUGGACUCAGAAAAAUUCAGCAAAGCUCCAAGAAAGAGGAGGUGGAGGGAACACUGGCAUAAAUUUAAAUGCCAUUAGGAUAUUUAGCAAAUCAUUGCCGUUUUGAUAAAAAUGCAUCAUCACCCUGUGUGCAAAAUGUUUGCAAAGUAGUCUGAAUGUCUUUGGAAAUGGGGGUUUUGUUUUUCUCCAAAACAAAUUGUUUAUUAGGGUUGCAGAAAUGUUACCGUUACGGUCACAUAAAUUUUUGAAAAGCUUACCAGGUGGUUGCAGACAGUCUUUUCUGCCACUGGGCAAGCCAGCAGUUCUGAUCCACCAGAAUUUGCCAGCAACAAAAUCUAGGAAAUACUGGAAGAGCAAGUCAAGAUAAUUAUCUAAAAGAGCAAAAGAUACAAGUAAAUUAUGUAGAAAUUAUCAAUUAAAAUCUGUAGCUCCAGAUUCCUGUAUCACUACCUUAUACACUUAAGCAAUUAUGCUUGAGCUUUUUUUUUUUUUUUUUAGUCCUAAGUGAAGAACUGAGUCAGAAUCAGGAUAAAUAUUUUGCCUGGGAGAUUUGGCUGGAUAUGAAUGGAGAAGACAUUUACAUCCUACGUUCUGGCACUUUCUAGAAGAUCUAAUGAGGCUCCACGUUGAUAUGCCAAUUUAAUCAAGAUGAGAGAUCCCUGCUGGUGUCACCUUCUAGAACCUGCACGCAGUGUUUUGACUUUCCAGAAGAAAAGAUGCAACUCAGUUUGGUUGGGGGUGACAGUGGUCAUAACACACUCUUGUACUGGUCUUUCGUUUCCUACCACAGUAAUUCAUAUUUAAAUAUGCCUUUAGAUUAGUGUGUAUAGCACUGCUGCUAUGUUGCUGCUACUUGAUCUUUUUUUCUUUGGUCCCCCAGAAAUGAUCAUUUGAGGGCAAGCAAAAAAGGCCUCAUCAUCCUCCAGAGGCAACAAAGAGGCAAUAGAAAUAGGGAAAGGUUGUGAGAGACAGGGUUUGGGUCUAGACCUGGACUUAGACAAGAUAUACCGCCCUCAACCCUCAGUUUUCUUAUAUGUAAACAGGGAAGGUUGGGCUGGAUGAGGUGAAGUCAAGAUUUGCCAUUCUGGGAGCCUAAUAUUCCAGAGAAUCAAACUUAAUCCUAAACCAAAGCUUUAUGGCUCCUACAGAGAUGUGUCACAUUUCUGCAACUUGUCACCAGGUGGUGUCCCUCAGACUUUGGCACUGUUAAUCCAAAGACAAGGAUGGCCGCCAUCUGGUUCUUGCCUGUCAUCCUCAGCUGAGAGCAGUCUCGGUAAACAUGGCAAAGAUUCUGUGACCUCAGACCGGUGACAAAAUGCUUGGGAGUCUGAUGGCCUGGCUGGGCCACCAUCCUCAUAGCUCCCAUUCUGUUUGGAGCAACCAAAGGAUUUGUGUGAAGUUAUUUGGAAAAGGAUCAUAAUUGAGCAGCAAUCUGUUUUCUGUGUAUUUGGAAUGUUUUUCAUUCUGACCUGUUCUAUCAGUGAUUCUACUGAAAAACAAUUUGAUCAAUAUAAAAAUGUUCAAGCUAUGCAACA